AUGUCUGUCCCUGCUAGCCAAAUGAUUCCCAAGUUGCACUAUGAUAAUGCAGGUAAUACAUAUGUGUGUGAUCACCUAGGCCUUUGGAAGCUGCAUCCAGGCAUUGCACAGGUUUUGACUCAAGUACAGCAGUCCAAAGACAGUCACAUGUCCCAGGUAUAUGGUCGACAUGCAGCAGUGCCCUGUAUGUAUGGACUCACCACUCCUGCCAACUUCUUGCAGUCUCACUUAUCGUCACCACCCUCACCAUCUGAGUCCUGCCUCCUGCCACCCAGCACAUACCAAGACCCUGCUCAUAUCCUGCUCCCAGACUUACCAGAUAGGGACCUUCUGGAGCCUGUGGUGAUCACCAAGUCUCAUGGAUAUGCACCUGCUACCAAAGUUGGCGGGGCACAUCACAAGGCUACUAGAAGUAUCAAAAGCAGGUGGAAAGAUAAAGAGAACACUGGCCUACACAGUGCUAACCACCCUCAAAAGCAUGCACAUGCUAUUGAGGCCAAUAAAGAUUAUCGAAGGACCAAAUGCGGUUGGCCCAAUGGCUCCAACAACUAUAGCACGGCUGACAUCAAAGCGCUUCUUGACUUUGUUGAGGAUGCCAUAAUGGCUGUCCUCUCCGUAAAGACCAUGAAGCCCAUGGGCAAUAGAGUUUGUCCUCCUGACAUAACUUGUGCCCAUGAGCUUGAUGCUCUUAUCAAUGAACAUGCUGGUACCCAUGACCUAAAUGACUUGGACCACAAUACCUACGACAACGAGUUAAAUUGCAAUGAACAACCCAUCAAGACUGAUACACAUAUGCUGUGUCGUCGAGAUGCAGCAGCUUCAGAGUUGCUUUCUCAUAUUAGUGGGGCCUUUGACCCUGCUGUUCAGCAAGCUCGGGAUGACGAUCACGCUACCAGGUCUCUUGCAAACAUGCAGUUGCCUGCCCAGGGGCAGCAACUGAGUGAUGCCAAUGGAACGAGACUGUAUGAAGCCAAGCCUGAGCAUGACCUUACCCAGCUUUGUCUGGAGAUGACACAAAUGCAACAGCCUCCUCCCAACAAAGCCGCUCACAAAACUCAUCACCAGUGCAAACCCAAACAAGCGGAUUAUACCUACUACCCUAAUGGCAGCCAAUGUGACACCCCAGCAUCUGAUGCUUCAGACCACCGUCCAUCUUCUUCUCAAUACACCCAUCCUACUCCUCCUCCUUUCAAUUCCACCCCUUCUCCUUGCUUUGUCCACCAUCGCUGGGCAUCCAGACCCCAUUUGCAUGGUGGACUGCAAUGCAACUCCAGAAUUAUUUGUUCUAGUAGGAAAGAGACCGAGGUAUGCACAGACCUCAAAAGUGUGGCUAUGGAUGAUGUGGAUGACCUGCCAGCCAGCUCGUUGUCAGACACCAGAGGUGUAAUCGCUUAA